AUGGAUGACAAACAAACAAUUGUCGUCAUUCCUCAGGCUACUGCUACUAUCCUAUCGAACAUGAUCAUUGUUGAUGUCGAAGUUGGUAGGAAAGAUACUGUAUCCGCCUCAAAAGCCGACCCGAUCCAGUUGUCGAUCUUCGGUCACCGAUUCAUGGGAGUUGCUGAGCAAAUGGGUCGCGCUCUUCAGAAAACAAGUGUGAGCACUAACAUUAAGGAACGCCUCGACUUUUCCUGCACAGUCUUCUCUCCUGAUGGCGGCCUUGUAGCUAAUGCCCCUCAUGUUCCCGCAAUGAGAUUCAAGAUUGGAAGUAUGGCAUUUGCUGUGAAGUGGCAGAUCGAGCACUGGGGUGAUAAUCUACGACCCGGAGAUGUUAUUCUCUCGAAUGCACCAGAAUGUGGCGGUACUCAUCUUCCUGAUCUGACAGUCAUUACCCCUAUAUUCGACAUCGAAGGAAAGAAGAUUAUUUUCUGGACCGCUUCUAGAGGACAUCAUGCUGAUAUUGGCGGUAUUCUGCCCGGGUCCAUGCCUCCUAAUUCAAAAGAGCUCUGGGAGGAGGGCGCAGUUAUCAAGGCUUUCAAGGUUGUCGAGGGUGGCGAGUUCAAAGAAGCAGAACUUACUGAACUUCUGAUGGCGCCAGCAAAGUCACCAGGUUGCCAGGGUACCAGAUGUCUUCGAGACAAUGUCUCCGAUAUCAAAGCCCAGGCUGCUGCAAACCACCGUGGAAGCCAGCUAAUCCAUUCACUGAUAAAAGACUAUGGUCUAGAAGCAGUGCAGUUCUACAUGGAGGAAAUACAAGGCGCCGCAGAACGCGCAGUGCGAGACAUGCUACGGACAAUUUACAAAUCCACGAGCGGGAAGCCCUUGGAAGCUGUUGACUACAUGGAUGAUGGUACACCGAUCCAGCUGAAAGUUACGAUCGACGGGUCCACAGGCGGUGCGAUCUUUGACUUCGAAGGCACUGGCCCCGAAGCUUAUGGAAAUUGGAACGCCCCCAUCGCAAUUUGCAACUCAUCUAUCAUCUUUGCACUACGCUGUAUGGUGAACAUGGAUAUCCCGCUCAAUCAAGGAGCCAUACGCCCCAUCGAUGUUCGUAUACCUGACUGCUCGCUCCUUAAGCCAUCAGAAGAUGCAGCUGUCUGCGCCGGAAACGUUCUAACCUCUCAACGUAUCGUUGAUGUGAUCUUCAAGGCUUUUAACGCAGUCGCAGCUAGUCAAGGAUGCAUGAAUAACCUCACCUUUGGAACGGACGACGAGGAGAAUGGCUUUGGGUACUACGAGACCAUCUGCGGCGGGUCUGGUGGUGGGCCAACCUGGGAUGGUACAAGUGGCGUGCAUACCAACAUGACCAACACGCGUAUCACAGAUCCUGAGGUCCUUGAGAGAAGAUACCCAGUUAUUCUGGAAAGAUUUUGUCUUCGAGAAGGAAGCGGAGGAAACGGAAAAUAUAGAGGUGGUGAUGGAAUCGUAAGGGACAUUGUCUUUCGCACCCCAACAAAGGUGUCUAUCCUGAGUGAACGGAGAACAUUCGCACCGUACGGGCUCGAAGGAGGGGAUGAUGGAAAGCGGGGCCAGAAUCUUUGGAUCAAGAAGACUGGCCGGGUGAUAAACUUGGGAGGCAAGAACACGGCAAUGAUGGAGGCGGGCGAUAGAAUCGUUAUUCUCUCUCCCGGUGGAGGUGGAUGGGGGAAGCCCAGCGCCGCUAAGAGCGAAGGUCACCCCUUGGAGAAGUUGGUCACAAAAGUGAAGCAGGGAUUUGUGGGUGUAGCUAAUGGAACCGUGGAUAUCAUCCAGUCUAUGGGCGAAUCUGCAUGA